GUUUGCAAAAAUCAAAACGAUAGUGACAUAUUAUUAUAAUAACAAUUUUGACGGUAUCGUCGAUUUUACAACAUUAUUAUUUGUCGUCUCCCGAACUGUAUAAUAUAAUAUUAUAAUAGAAAUUCGAUCGAACGGUGGCGGAUAUCGUACAUUAUUCACGACCACGGAUAACGUAUUAUUUUGCAAUAUUUUUUAUCAACCGUCGGUGAAUAUUACUAAUAAUAACAACAACGAUAAUGAUAGUAAUAUCUCCGUGAUAAUGAAACGGGGUCAACGCACCGAGGGCUAUCUGUGUAAUAAAACAUAUUUUGUAUAUGCAGCCGAAUGCCAAUAAUGAGUUUAUUAUCCUGUAAAGUGUAAAUGGAUCCGCAAACUAAGUUCUAUUGUUUAGAAGACUUAUGCGGUAAUUCAUAUUGAAGUAUUCGUGUGAACGUUAAUCUCAAUUCAACUUAAUUGAGUAAUUGUUUAUGGAUGGAAAAUAACUUCUACAUGUAAAAUAUAUUUUGAGUAGUUGCUGGACACCGGAAAACGUGAUUGAAGCCUGAUCGCCAGCUGCAGAUGGAACUUCGGCGAUGGCGGAUGCAACCGCGGCAGCAGCGGGUCGACGAUCGGACGGCGACGACAAUACGGGCGGUGGUGACGGUAACAACAGUGGCCCACCGGUGUUGACCGUUCACAUGACGUCCGAUAACGAUGGCGAUACCGUGGUGGUGUCAUCGGGCUGCAGUGGUUUCCCAAGUCCCGUGCUCGGCGCUAAAACGGGUCAUGUGCCCGCCACUGCCGUCACCACCACCACCACCACCGCCACUGCCGCCAAGGGGAUACUGGUGCACAACAACAAGAAAUCGGCCAACACGAACCGUGUGAGUUUCGUUACGAAUUCGUCGUCGUCGCCGUCGGCCGAGCGGUCCAAGAAAAAACACUACCAGCCGCGGAGAUCGGACGACGAGGCCGACGACGUCCCGUUGCCUUACCACGCCAGGACUGGCAGGCGGCUGACGGGUUUCGGCGUCAAGAGUUACUUGCACGAGUUCUAUGACGAUCCCGAUGGCAGCGAAUCGUUUCAGGUCUGCGGCGGCGGCGGCGGCAAUGACGACUUCAAAUACUUUGUGGAACCGGAAGUCCGUUGGUAUCGCCACUGCUAUGGCGUGUACGCGGUACUCGGGCUGGCCAUCAUGGCCGUGGGGGCAAUAGCGUUGGCCGCCGGUCACCUGAUACCGGCCAAGGACCCGGUGGUCGGCCGGUCCGUCCACAUGGAGGUGAUCGACCGAAGGGCCGUCUCGUUCAACGAUCACUUGGCCUCGUGCCGUUACGUCGGUUCGGUGGUGUUCGCCGUCGGGUUCGUGUUCACCGUCGUCCGGUUUUGGGCGUCCGUGAUAAGGGGCGGCCGUGGCAUCAGUGGCAAUGGCGAAGAUCAUCGGGUGGCCGAGAAGCUGCGGGCCGGCGAAGAGCGGCCGUCACCGACGAAGGGGCAGCGGGCGCAAACCGUCCGAAUACCCAUCACGGGCACGUUGGAGAACGUACAGCCAGACCCGACGGCUAUAAAACUGCAGUUCGCCGACAGCAGUUGAAAGACUAUAAUAUUAUUAUAUAAUUUUAAGACGCAAUAUUAUUAAAUAUAUUAAUAUUAUGCUA